AUGUCACACCAAACCAACAGCACAGGCUCUCCUGCUGCCUUUGGCAAGAUUGUUUCCGACGCGAACUAUGCGUCACACAAAAGCCCGGCGGGCGCCUCCUCGGAGUCGAAGCGGAAGUUUAAUAUGAACACACCUUCGUUCCAGCCGUCUGUGCUGGGGCUUACAGGCAAGUUUGCUGCCCUCCUGCCGAAAUUGAAGGACAUCCCGACGUUUGUGCCCUCCGGCCUUGAGCAGUCUGCGUCCGGGAACGAUAUCUCUGCUUUUGGGUCGCGCAAGUUCAACGUGUCCACGCCUUCGUUCACACCCUCCAAUCCGUACGAUAACUUCAGUGCGACGUCUGGCGCUGCUGAGUUUUCUUUGGAUGGAUUUCACUCUCACGAGACAGCAAAUAGUGCCGGCGGGGACCAAUUGCACAUCUCGCAGAUCAAUCUGGCUGGCACGCCCAAAAUACAACAACAGAAUCCGUACUUGGCAAGCACAGGAACUCCUGGCGCUACGCCAUUGAGCUCCAAUGCCGCUUCUGCCUUUAUGUAUGGACUGGGGACGCCCAAUUAUCCGCUCAACUAUCACUUGUAUGCUCCCGCACCUCCUCCCAGAUUGGCGGCCAGUUUGAAUUCAUAUGAGACCAAUGUGAAUGCCAUGUUCAUUCCAAACGACCUUCGUGAGACCAUCACAAAACGCAAUGAAGCUACUCUUCAGACUUUGGGCCAUCUGUCCCUACCGGAUCAUGUUGGCAACUACCACUCGUUGGUCCCGAUCGACACUACAUUUGACCAAGUGUCUAAGGUAUUCGAGAAACCUAGUUCAGUCUACAAGGUAAUGUCUAACGUUGACGGACUCCCAUAUGCGUUGCGUAGAAUUGAGCUUGGUAACGAAGGUCAAAUCACCUCUGAGCUUGUUUUCCAAACAGUCAAAAAAUGGAGGCGUCUCAAUAGUCCUAAUGUGGUCCGGUUGAAGGACGCCUUUACUUCUGUAGCCUUUGAUAGCCAAGAGCCAUCACUAUGCUUGGCUUACGACUACUAUCCGCUCUCCAAUACUUUACAGGAACAGCACAUCACUCGUAAAUUGGGCGUUAAACUCGAAAGCAUUACCGAGGGACUUCUUUGGAACUACACCAUUCAACUCGUAAAUGCUCUAAUUACUAUUCACAAAGAUGGAUUGUAUGCUGGCAGGUCGCUAUCGAGCAGCAAAGUCAUCGUGACCAACAAAAACCGUGUCAGAUUAGCAGCCGUGUGCGUGGAUGACAUUCUCGAAUUCGAAACCGUUGAGGAGCGGGCGAAAACGGAGGGAAAGACAAAAACAAUCUUGGAGUUGCAGCAGCAUGACAUACGACUUCUUGGCAGUUUAUUGACAGAGCUCACGACGACCUGUCUCCCAGCUCUGUUACGUGGAGAGUUUGACGAGGAUCUUGUCUCCCGGUUGAAGACAUGCUCCAACAAGGUAUUCUCAGAAGACUGGAUUGAUGCUUUACGGAAAUUGAGCGAAGCUGAGACCGACUUUUCCCUCGAGGAUUUCUACAAGGAGCACCUCUCCCUUCGCGCUCUCGACCUACUUAACGGCCUUCAGGAUCUGAGCGACUACUUCGAGGGACACUUGCUGUCGGAGGUCGAAAAUGGACGGCUCUUCCGACUUUUGGCCAAACUCACAUCAUUGAUAGACCGCACAGAAAGAGAAGCCGAUAUCGGCGGCAACGCCUUUGUUCUCCGACUGUUCCGGGACUUUGUAUUCCAUGCGCGAGACGAGGCUGGAAAGCCUGCAGUGGACUUGACGCGAAUCCUCGUCAAUUUGAACAAACUCGAUGUCGGCGUUGACGAAAAAAUCCUCCUUGUGUCGAGCGAGGAGGACACAUGCAUGAUUGUUUCCUACAAAGAAGUCAAGGACAUUCUCGAGCUGAGCUUCCGGGCGGUUUAUCGAGGUGGAUAG